AGGGCCCCUCGUUGAAACUGACCGCGACCUGAAGAUGAUAGAGGAGCGUGAGGCGAGGACAACGUCCCGAAAAACAAGGACAAGGAAUCUCCUCCAAUAAAAAUGUUGAAUUCGCUCACAUUACUCCUGGAAAAAGUGUUCUUCCUCACUCACCUCAAUGCCUUCCGGCCCAGUUUGUUGUUUUCAGACACAGACAGAGCGAGGGAGAAGAAGAGAGUUACACAUCACUGCGAGAAUGAGGGGUGGAGAGAGAGAGUCCCGGAUACCUCCGCCGGGGCCGCACUCCCAGAGUCCAUUUACCAACGGGGAGACUUGCUCGAAGUGCCCCGGACUCUAUUCACUCAUUUUGGCAUAUAUUUAGGAGACAACCGGGUGGCCCAUCUGAUUCCGGAUAUCUUGCCACUCUUUACAACGGACACGCGUUCAAUCCAGGUGAUGGUAACAAACAAACGCUUAGUUCUCGGAGUUUUAUCCAAGAGCGCCAGCAUCCGGGUGGAUACCGUUGAGGACUUUGCGUAUGGAGCAUCAAUUCUACUGAACGCGAUGGACACUACCGUGCAGAAACGACCGUUGGAUGGCGAAGAGAUCGCGAGUAGAGCGGAGAAACUGGUUGGGAAGAUACCGUACAGCUUGCUUUGGAAUAACUGUGAACAUUUCGUUACUUAUUGCCGGUAUGGCAUUGCAAUCAGCAUUCAGACUGACAAGUUCUGUGAUUGGCUGAAAUCUGUCAUCCGGGAUCACAGGAGUGUUCCGCUGACGGCGUUCCUGGGAAUUCUGUCUGUGGUCUAUCUUGGAAUGUCGUCCUACACCGCCAUACCCACCCUCCUCAUCCCCUUCACCCUCUGGAUGGCUGGCUGAUUCUGGGAAUUCAAUAAUGGACUUGGAAUGAUGGAAUUUUAUAAUAUGUAUUGAAGUGUAUGUGCUGUGUUUUAAAUGGCUCCAGAAAUGGGCAGCAAUGACAGCAUUAUGACAUCACUAUGACAGCAUUAUGACAGCAUUAUGACAUCACUAUGACAGCAUUAUGACAUCACUAUGACAGCAUUAUGACAGCAGUAUGACAUCAUAAUGGCAGCAUAAUGACAGCAUUAUGACAACAUUAUGACAGAAUAAUGACAACAUUAUGACAACAUUAUGACAGAAUAAUGUUACAUUUUUCAGAACGCUUAAAUACAGGUCAUUAACAGUUUCUGUACCCAUCUCUAACCAUGAACACUGCACAGAAUGUAUUUUUCACAUCGUAACAACUUUAUACUGUAUUUUUUAUGUAAAUAAAUACCUGUACAUUG